GUGGCCGCGUGCAGGACCCUGCGCGCUGCGGAGAAGGUGGAACCCGCGGCUCCUUGCUGGCGCGGCUGUCCGCACCCUUGCCGGCACCCCUGCCACCUCGGCUGCACGGCGUGCCCAAACCUCGAGACUUUGUGAGCAGGGAUUGUCCACACUCCUGCUGCAGUCGGUUCCGAUGGCUGGUAAUAAAGGAAGAGGACGUUCUACCUACACCUUUAAUAUUGAGGCUGUCGGCUUCAGCCGCGGGGAUAAGUUGCCUGAUGUUGUGCUGAAGCCCCCGCCGCUGUUCCCUGACACAGAUUACAAGCCAGUGCCCCUGAAAACAGGAGAAGAUGAGGAUUACAUGCUGGCCUUGAAGCAGGAGCUGAGAGAGACAGUGAAGCGAAUGCCUUAUUUUAUUGAGACCCCUGAAGAGAAACAAGAUGAUAUUGAAAGGUAUAGUAAAAGAUAUAUGAAGAUAUACAAAGAAGAAUGGAUACCAGACUGGAGAAGACUUCCAAGAGAGAUAAUGCCAAGGAAAAAGCGCAAAAAAGUGGAUCCGAAAUCCAAAACGGCCAAAGCUGCAGACAGAGGUCCUUCACUCACUAAUUCUGCAGAUGUGUUGAAAAAAAUUGAGGAAUUAGAACAGCGAGGGGACGGUGAGAGAUCGGAUGAAGAAAUUGAAGAGAAGGAAGGGAGCAAAGAGAAAAACAAAGAUGGCGAUGGAGAAGACAACGACGACGAUGACGCAGAGCAAGAGGAGUACGAUGAAGAGGAACAAGAGGAGGAAAAUGACUACAUUAACUCCUACUUCGAAGAUGGAGAUGAUUUUGGUGCAGACAGUGAUGAUAACAUGGAUGAAGCGACCUACUAGCCAUGGACUUUCUCUCUCUCUUGUUCAUACAGCUUCAAGCAUUUGGAUCAGCUUACUUUAUUUCUGAUAAGGAUUAAGUCCAUA